UGGUGAUAUAUCAAAAUGUUUCCCCUAUAUAAACAAUUCCAUUUCUUAACUUAUUACCAAAUUUCUAUGAUCAUUAUUGAUUAUAUCAUUUUAUUGAUUAUCAUUAAUCAUCUUAAUGCUCAAUAUAUUCAACCAGGUUUAUGUGAAACACAAUGUCAUUGUCCAAAAGAUGAAAAUGUAGUACAUUGUGAUAGACAAGAUCAUAUACAAGGUGUACCAACAAAUAUACCAAAUGGUAUUACAAAAUUAUUUAUACAACAAAGUAAUUUUCCAAUACCAAAUUAUAUUAAUCAAGCUAAUAUGACUGGUUUAGAAAAAUUAGAAUAUUUACGUAUUAUCUAUUGUAAUUUACAAGUCAUUGAAUCACGUACAUUUAUGAGAAUGAUUGAAUUAAAACAUUUAGAUUUAUCACAUAAUGCAUUAAUACGUAUUGAUGCAUAUACAUUUUAUGGUUUACAAUUGAAUAGUUUAUAUUUACGUGAACAACAUUCAUUACCUAUAGAAGGUAUGAUAAUAACUGAAGAAUCAUUUCAUGGUUUAUUAGCAAAUCAAAUUAAUUUAAGAGGUAAUCGUAUACAAUCAAUCAGUUAUGAAAUAUUUGGCAAAGUACCUAAUUUAGAUCGAUUAAUUUUAUCGGAUAAUCGUAUUAUACAUAUUGAUAAUGGAUUUGAAAGAUAUUUUAAUUAUCCUAAUAAAUUACUUGAUUUAACAGGGAAUCCAUUAGAAUGUAAUUGUCAUUUAGCAUGGAUUGUACAACGUAGUUUAGAUUGGAAAGAUAGUUUACCUGGAUUAAAUAUGACAUGUAUUCAUAUAACUACAACAGCAGAGAAUUCAAUACAAGUUAAACAUAUUUAUGAAUUAGUUAAAUUAACUCCAGAUCAAUUAUGUCCAACAUCACGUAUACAACAAAUUUUUAUUAAUAUAUUAGAUGAUCCUAAUCGUGCAUUAAUAUCAUGUACAGCAGUUACAGUACCAAAACGAACUAAUACUCCAUUACAUAAUAUAAAGAAUAUGAUUACAUCGAAUAGUAUAUUAAGUCAUACACCACCAGGUGUAGCAUGGCGUUAUAUUGAAGAUGGACAAUUACGUGAAGUAAGAUAUUUAACUUCAAACAAUAAUAAUAAUAAUAAUUCAAGUAUAGAACCACCAUCAUCAACUGUUCAAUUAAAUAUAACAUUAGAUAUAAAACCACAUAAAUAUACAUGUACUACAUGGGAUGAUAAAAAAGAAACAGAAGAAGUAAUAGUUACAUUAAAAGGACCAGAAAUGAUUCAUUUAUCAAAAAUCAAUAAUACCUUAGCAACAGAACAUGAUGUAACCAACCAUAAUAAUCUUAAUAAUAAUAAUAAUAAUAAUAAUAAUAAUCGUAAUUAUUACAUUAAACAAUCUGACGAUUUAUUAUUACGUAAUGAAAUUUUAUUUGAUCAAUCUCAUUAUUAUUUUUAUCAAAAACAAUUUACAUUAUUAGAAAUGUCUAUUGCUGUAAUUAGUACAUUUUUAACUACAUUAAUAUUUUUAUUAAUUAGUGCUAAAUGUUUACGUUUAUGUAGACAUUAUAAAUUAUUUCAUUUUUCAUCUAGUUGCCAUGGUAUUAAUGAUACUAAAUCAAUAUACCAACCAGUAAAACUAUUACAUAAUAAUAGUAAUAGUAAUAAUAAUAAUAGUAAUAAUAAUAGUAAUGAUACAAAUAUGAUUGAACAUAAUAAUUAUAAUAUACCACUGAAAUUUAAUGAUUAUAAUAAAACAAAUGGAUAUAACCUGAUAAGAACGCAUAUAAAUCCUUAUUCACAAAUGAUAUUAUCAACAUUAAAUAAUCAGAAUACUACCAUUACUAAUACUAAUACUACUAUUACUAAUACUAAUACUACUACUAAUAAUAGUAGUAGUAAUAUUAAUAAUAAUUUUUCACCACAAAUGAAUCAAUAUCCAAAUCUUACAAAUCAAUAUUUAACAGUUACAUGUACUGGUAAUGGGAUACCAUCAUUACCAUUACCAUCACCACCACCAUCAUCAUCAUUACCAUUUCAUUUAGCAUCAUCAUCUGGUUCAGGUACAAAUGAUGAUUUACAACAAAGUUUAGCAUUAUUAACAUCAACACCAUUAAUACAACAAAAUAAAUUAAGAAAUUUUUUAAAUAAUGAUACAACUACAAUUGGAUUAUCACCAUUUUUAGGGAAUACACAGCCAAAUAUAAGAAAUUGGCUUAUAGCGCCAGGAUCACCAUAUUCUAUUACAGGUAGUCAUGUAUAUGAUGUACCUAGAACAAUUGAAAUUAAUCAAGGUACACUGCCGAUGUCAACAGGUUUAGGGAAUCGAUCUAGUCUACUCAGUGAAUCAGAAUAAAAUAAAAAAUGAUAUAACUUUGAAUUGUUUUUGUUUUUUCAUAUUCUCUUCAGAUUUUUCCUCCUCCUUUUUUUGGUUUUUUUUACUAACGGAUACGAUUUUUUUUUGCAUCAAGCUUUCUUGGCAUACUUAACUACUCCAUUUAAUUACUGAAUCCAUUGUGUAUUUGAGCCACAAUUUAUUUGGUUGAUCUUUUACAUUAUUUAGUAUGACCACAUAUCAUCAGGUCUUUCUUUUCAUAAAUAGACACUUGAAAAAAAAACACGCAUUUUUAAUUACUAUACUACUUAUGUGAAUAUGUUACUUAUAUUAACUGCUAUUACUAUUACCAAUCAUUCUCAUACUGCUGCGGCUAAUUAAUUAUCAAUACAAUGAAAAACUCAUUGUUUUAUGGACAAAAAAGAACAAUAGUAUGCAAUGAGCUAAUUUAUCCUGCUUUUAUUUUUUCAUACAUCCCCUAAUCGCUCAUCCCUCUCCCUCCCCCCCCCCUCUGUGCCCAUAUUAAACUGGGACCAUGUGAUUAAAUGUUAUAGCUUUUUAUUCACCUAUUUCUUCUUAAAUAAAAUUCAAUAUUGAUAAUGUUUUUUUCUUUCUGUUUUCCUUUUGAAUAUCUUUCAAAAAAUACAUCUGGAAACAUGGAAACCAUUUUAUCUUGUUCACUUAUCCUGUUAUUCAAUGUUUCUACUGUAUAUUCUGUCAAUUAUUUGCUUAUUUGAUCAGAAAUUAGUACUUCUAACAGAUUCUAUAAACUACACACACACACAUCAAUAUACAUAUAAAACCUUAUACACAUUAAAGAUCUAGACGGAUGAGUAUACCAUAGUUACCAAUAUCUUAUUCUUUAUGAUCUAUUAUUUAAUCCUAAUUCAGUGAAUCAAUAUAUAAAUAGUCUACCAAAGGGAGUUUAUCUUCUUUCUUUAAAUUACUUUAUUUUUUCUUAUCGAAAUCUACUUGUAAUACUUCCCUUGAUUCUUCAUUUUUUCUAGUUUAUCUUUUUUCACAAGUGUUUACGUCACUUCAUCUUAUCUAAUCACCUCUUUUCAUUCUUGUUUGGCUCUCGAAAAUAUCAUGUUUUACUAUCUUCUAAUUUUUCAUUUGUUUCUCAUUGAAUUAAUACUGAAUCUUAAAUGGAAGAAUUUUUUCACUGGACUGGUUAGUUACUUGCACUAGUGAAAGUGAUAAGACAGUCUUUGUUGUAUAUAAUCAUAACAAUAAAACUUAUACUAAUUACGAAUAUAAUUUGUGCAUAUUUAU